GCCAUUGGCGGGUCGCGCGGCCCUCGGCAGCAUUGUGAGGGUUAUGGUGCUGUAGUCAGGCUUAAAGCUCGCGUCACAGUGAGGUCGACCGUCGGCGCGAGAGCGUCUCCGCGCGUGAAGUGUCCCACAGUCCCUAUACCACAUGACCAUGUUAGAAUUCUACACGAACAUUAAUCCAGGAUUGAUGCAGGACGGGAUGCAGCCGCCCCUCACCUGCACCGGGAGAACAGAACUGAGCGCCAGCAUCAAAAGGGAGAAGAUAGUCGAGAUCUGCGAAGGGUGCGGCCAAAAAAUUCAAGAUCGAUACCUGAUGCGGGUCGGAGAGCUCUCCUGGCAUGAGCACUGCCUCAGCUGCUGUGUCUGCGGGUGUCCGCUUGCUCACACCUGCUACACCAGAAACGCGAAACUUUACUGCAAACCCGAUUACGAUAGAUUGUUCGGGGUGAAGUGUACAAGAUGCGGCGACCGUCUUCUCCCACAAGAAAUGGUAAUGAGGGCCCAACAGUAUGUCUUUCACAUACAAUGCUUCGUCUGCGUGAUGUGUUGCCAACCGCUACAGAAGGGCGAACAGUACGUUAUUCGCGCUGGUCAAAUAUUUUGCAGGCAAGACUUUGAAAAAGAAAUGUAUCUAAUGCAGCAUGCUGAAGAUGACAUGAUUAUCGAUGAUUCAGAGCGUCCUAGAGACGGACGACGAGGCCCGAAGCGUCCUCGUACCAUCCUUACUUCUGCCCAACGCAGGCAGUUCAAAGCGUCUUUCGAGGUCAGUCCGAAGCCUUGCAGGAAGGUCCGAGAGGCACUCGCUAAAGACACCGGUCUGAGUGUUAGGGUCGUGCAAGUUUGGUUUCAAAAUCAACGAGCUAAAAUGAAAAAGAUCCAACGCAAAGCCAAACAAGAAGGCGACAAAAACGGUGACAAAGAGAAAGAUAAGGACGAAAAAUCGAUCAAACAAGAGUCGCCGACAAGCGAGCACGGAAAUUAUUUAGGUCUUGAUGGAUCAUACUCUGCCUCCAGCCAGCCAUUAAAUCCUAACCUUCCAUAUUCGCCCGAUGAUUACCCAGCGCAUUCAGGGGACAGCUUUUGCAGUUCCGACAUAUCCCUCGAUGGCAGCAAUUUCGACCAGCUAGACGAGGGCGCGUCCGACACAAUGAGCCUGCAGAAUCUGGAAGUGCAGCACCACAAUCACCAGCAUCCUGGCCACUCUGCACACGAGCCACUGAACCUCGGAACCGGAGCCGUCGUUAACCCGAUCGACAAACUUUACCUCAUGCAGAAUUCAUAUUUUAGUACUGAUCAUUGAUUUACCGGUCACCGUGGCUCCGGCCGGCGUGGCCGGUCCGGGCAGAGACCCCGCCAGACCUCCGCUAUGGAUCUGUGCAUCAAGUCUACAGCCACGGAGACCAAUCAAACCCACACAUACUCCAACGCGAACGUAGCCAAUUCAACUAUGAACUUUGAUAAAUAUUAUUCAAAUAAUUUCCCAAUUUAUUCAGGACACGUUAAGUAAAUGAACUAACCAGACAUAUUGUUUAAAGAAACACGAUGACACAUUUCACCGUGAUACCGUUUAGAUUUUUACAAGCCUUGAAUACCACGGUGGUUAAUAUUUGAACAAUAAAUGACGGGAUAAUUAAAAACAAUCUGUUGUAGUUUGUCGUUUUAAGUCAUAUAAAAAUUUAUUAUGUAAAUAUUGUACAGAAAUUAUAAUUAAAAACAAACUUUAUUUAGAAAAUAAAUUAUAUGUAGGUAUAGCUUGUGGUAUUUUUUUGUAGAAAUAUUUUUAAAUGCACAGUAAAUCGGUAGUCAAUCCAAUUAGCUAAUUAGAAUCAACAAAUGUAUUAGAGAUCACAUCGAUUUCAGAAUUGGACAAUUUUGUAAAUAGAAUCCAUUAUUAUCAUUUUAAAUAUUACAAUGGACAUAGUUUAUGUUUGAUAAAUUUAUUUUCUGUCACCAAAUUUAUCAUUUAAUAAUACAAUAGUAGUAAUUAUUUCAAUUUUAAGAGCGGAAAUAGCUGUAAAUUUCUAUACAAUAUUAUCCUCACUUUAUUCUGAUAUACUAAUGUAUUAAGUGUAGGAGCAUUGAUCUUAUUAAUAUACGUGUGAUAUGAUAUUUGAAACUUGUGAACUAUUCUAGUCUCAGAAUAAGUAAAAUUAUUUGAAAUGUUUUUUUAACAAUUCGUAAUAGCGGUGCUCUUGAAAAUUUUAAAAAGUUGUCUUGAAACGUCCUUUUAAUGAAGAAAUUGUGUCAUGUAAAUGUUAACCAGAAUAGCGAUUAGCACAUCUCCUGUUAGCUAAUUCUACACCCUAUUCUACUUGUUCGAAAUGGGCCUACGAUCAAUCGACAAGUUGUAGAAUGUUGAAAUAAAAAUAAAAAAGAUAUUUUUCUUACAAAAUUAACAUUAGGUACAAUUUAAUUAUAUUUAUUUUCAACGAUUUCACAUUUCAUGGUUUUUUAAACAAACGCGGUCAUAGCACUGUCGCCAUUUAGGUGAUUACGUAAUGAUAAUAUUAGAAAUUGUGAGCGACGCUUCAAGUGGACCCGUGAGGAAACGCUCAUUAAACAAUUUAUUUAUUUUAAUACUAUAACGAAAUCAUUGUUGCUGUCAUUCGUUGUCGUAAAGUUCGUAUCUAUGCCACAUUACGUACACGACUAAAUUAUAUCCAAAUUGAAUAUAAAAUACCAGCUUAAGAUUAAAAUUGAAUGAAAUAUAAAAUGUUGCACCGCUGCGCGUUGGACGCUAUCAUUUUCUUCUGUGCUGGCAAUAGUUAACGGAAAUAUAGAUAGGCUAACAUAAAUGUGUACUAGAACCGAUCUAUUUUACUCUGUGUUUUAAAUUAUAAUUGUAAACACCUAAAAUCACUUCUAGUCAAUGUUUUGAAGAUCUUUUUUUUGAUUUUGUUAAUAAUUUAUUUAUAAUAGACUGUAAUAGUUUUACGAACAGUGUACUAAUUAAAACUUAGUGUGAUUUUAUAAAUCGAUGUAAAUUAAAUAUUGAUUACGUGUUA